CACAUAUUUGUUUGACUUUCAAUCCCUUAAAUAGAAUCGAAUGGAUCUCAAAAUAGUUGUUCUGGUUUAAUUUUUGUCUGUGAUAAAGAUUAGUCUGUUAACAUUGUACAGGCAUAUAUAUUUGUAUUGGGAAAUUUCAUCUGGAGUCGUUUGUUUUCAGAAAGGACUCUAUUAGGCUGCUGGAUCGAAUCAUCAAGGCAUGAUCAUUGUCCAAUAUGAGGUGCUAAGGCUGCUAUUCCUGGCAAUUUUGUUGUCUUGCAAGUUGUAUAAAAUUAUUCAGACCCACAUCCUUGGCACGAAAUUAAUUUGAAUAUUGUCAUUUUUACCAUACAUUUCAACCAAAUAUUUGAAGUUGCUGAAACAAUUUUCUAAUGUGGCGGUUUAUCUAGUUUGCAGACUUUACUUUAAUGAAUAGUUAGUUGUUUCAUGAUUGCCUGGGUCAUAGGUUCUCAAUUCUAUAUCAGAAAAUGGCAGAUGAUGUAGUUUCACUUACAUCACCAGAUGAUAGUCAUGAUAACAAAUUGACUAAUUCUGUGAACGAUAGUGCUACAUACUCCAGUACUGAUGUUCAAAAUACUACUGAAGAAACCUUCACAGUCGAGGAAGCAGUUGAAGCUAUUGGCUUCGGAAAAUUUCAAUGGAAACUUUCCAUCAUGACUGGGUUUGCCUGGAUGGCUGAUGCUAUGGAGCUUAUGAUAUUGAGUAUUAUAUCACCCCAGUUACGUUGUGUGUGGAUGUUAUACUCUUGGCAGGAAGCCCUCAUCACUACAGUGGUAUUUAUUGGAAUGAUGUUAUCGUCCUCAAUUUGGGGAAAUAUAUGUGACCAGUUUGGUCGUAGAACUGGUCUUAUUUUAUGUGUGGUUUUCACAUUUUACAUGGGCUUAUUAAGUGCAUUCUCUCCUAACUAUGUCUGGAUUUUGUUGCUUCGUGGUUUAGUUGGCUUUGGUGUCGGGGGUGUUCCGCAGUCAGUGACCCUCUAUUCAGAAUUUCUACCACAAAAAUCUAGAGCAACUGCGAUUGUUCUUGUGGAAGUCUUUUGGGCAAUUGGUACAUGCUUCGAAGUUCUUCUCGCUCUGCUCGUGAUGCCAACACUAGGAUGGAGAUGGCUCUUGGCUUUAAGUUCCUUACCACUUCUUUUGUUUUCUCUUGCAUGUAAAUGGCUUCCUGAGAGUGCGAGGUAUAACGUUUUGUCAGGGCAUCCAGAUAGAGCCAUUAUUACACUAAAGGAGAUUGCUGCACAAAAUGGGACCACAUUGCCUGCUGGUAAGCUUAUGUGUGGUCAGCAAGAAAAGCGUGGUCGGUUGGAAGAUCUUUUCAAAAAUGCAGAAAUGACUAAGACAACUGUAUUAUUGUGGCUCAUUUGGUUGAAUUGUGCAUUUGCUUACUAUGGAGUUGUGCUCAUGACGACAGAGUUAUUGCAACAAGAAGGCACAGAAAAUACUUGCUCGAGCAUUGCUCAGAAGAAGAAUGAAUGCAAUUUGAGUUGCCACAAAUUGACAUCAGCUGACUAUGUGGAUCUGUUAUGGACAACUUUAGCUGAAUUCCCAGGAUUGUUUUUUACAUUGGUGAUAAUUAAUUUCAUAGGUCGCAAAAAAACAAUGGCACUUACUAUGGUUGGCUUUGCUGUGUUUUGUCUUCUAUUGAUGAUAUGUUCUUCCCGUAGUUUAAUGAUUUUUUUCUUAUUUGUUGCACGAGCAUUCAUAUCUGGCGGGUUUCAAGCUGCUUAUGUCUACACUCCAGAAGUUUAUCCAACAAAUGUACGUGCAAUAGGAUUGGGAAGUUGCAGUGGUAUGGCUCGUGUUGGAGCAAUUAUAACUCCAUUUGUUGCUCAAGUACUGUUACACAAAUCACUCUCGUUAGCUGUAGGAACAUAUGCUGGUGUCAGUUUGCUUGCCAUGGUUUGUUCACUGUUACUUCCGAUCGAAACUAAAGGCCGUACCAUGCAGGAUUCUGUUGCGGUGGAUAGUUCUUCUGGUGUGAGUCGUACAACUUCUACGCAAUAGAUCAUUUUAUAAUUAUUUACCUGAUACACAACAAGAAUAUGAGUUUUGAAUGGAUAUAAUUGUGCCUGAAAUAGGAAGUGAAAUUGAGGUCUCAGCCAUCUUAUUCUGAUGAAAAGAAGUAUUCCAAAUAUUUAGUAUAUUAAGCAUUUUGAUUUUGUCCUAUGGUAUACAUUACAUAAGUUAAAUGUUGUGCACAUAUAUGUAUUCCAUUUGUUUUAAGUUGUGCAAUAUUAUUGUGGAUAAGCUAUGUAAUCAAAUAAUCCAAUCUCUGGACCAAAAUCAAUUAACUUUGCACUUGCCUUCCUUGCGAUACAAUGUAUAAUCUAAUAUAUAUAUCUAUAUAUGUGGGAUAGCAUGGAAAUAUAUACACAAUAUUACGUACAAUAUAUAAUAUUCCUCACUUGUGUCUGAAUAUAACUCAUUUUGAUUUAUGCAUGCUUCUUUAUACAAUUAUUUGAAUCCAAAUGUUUUUGCACUCUGUGAAAUCCUAGCACUUUAUCUAGUAUCAAUAUUUUCCCCCUUUUGCUGAGAAAGAUUAUGAUAUUUUUUGUUUGAAGUAAUAUUGUUUUAUUUAUAAUAUGCCCAUUAUAAUGUGUACAUGACACCAAACAGUUUUCACUUGUUCAUUUCUGCUAAUUAGUUAAUUCAAUUUCAUAGUCAAAUCUUGUCAGUUCGUUUAUUCAUAUUCAAAUAUAUCCUUGUUACUUCUGUGUUUACAUUACUGAAGUACAAGUUGAAGUCCCUCAAUACCUCCCUUCAAUACUUAGUUUGUGAUCAUGUAAAUAUAAUCAAAUCCUCAGUGGUUGUUAGCCCUAUAAGGCAAAGGAUAUAGUACGGUCACCACUCACCACUUCUUCAUCAAGGCUAUUAAUGUACAACAUGGUUAUCUUCAUUUUCAAUUUGUUUUCACUGGGUUUGUUUUGAUGGACAACCCAAAUGUUAUUUGAAUUAUAUUGUUUGAUUCUUUAGAUUCUCGUUUUACAUUAGUCGGUCAGUAAUCAUAUCUUGUUACUUUGUAGGGUAAUCCUCAAUGUUCUCUCUGCCUUGGGGUGUUUAUUAAUCAUUACGAAAUCAGUCAAUAUUAUAUACAUUCGCAAACAUCGUAGUUUAUAUUUGUGAUGAUCAUUAAGACAAAUUCAAUGUUUAUUUUCAAAAAUGCAAAUCAAUUUGUGCAUAGUUUUGCAUAUGAGAUUGUUCACACCAAAAUUUGAGUGAUGUGAAUGUAAUCUACCUACAAACUUGUCGACUCAGUUGUUUCGUAUAAAUUUUAUUAUUGUAUGUAGCGCAAUAUAUUGGUUUAAACUUGUGGUAAUUGAUUGGAGCCUGUUUUGAAGUAUCUUGAUUUCUAGUAAAUUUGAUUGUCUCAUUAUUUAUUCUUGACGCAUCGUCCUAAGCGUUAUCAAUACGCUUGCCAUUGCACCUCUGAUUACCCUACGCAGGUUCAAAUCCUCUUUGGGAUAAUUAUGUGCGGAAGGAUUGCUCGAAUCCUCACCGCCGUGGGAUGGUUCAUUCAAGCGCUGGUCGGUUAUAGCUUCCUCCACCACAAACUCCAUGAUGCAUCUGAAAUAAAUUACUGUCCAACUAAUUCUAUACCCGACGACAUGGCUGUUAUUAUAAGGAUCACUAAGUAACCUACAGUAAAAAAAAUUUAGUGAGGCGCGA